CACUACCACCUGUCAUCGUCGUAUAUGUAGCUAUCAACUCUACUCUUAAAACAAGAUAUCGUCCCUGCAGUCACUAUGUUAUUGGCUGAUUGCUUAGUCUAUUCCAUUCCCCCACAACCCUAUUACUAAAUCAAUGCCUGCCUAUUUCCCUCCUAAAUCUAUACUUUUCUAAUUAAAAUCCAUUACUGCGUGUUCUAUCCUGCUGGCUAAUUCUCAGUACUUUACUUAUAUCGCCUUUGUUGUAACCCUUGACACAUUUGAAUACUUCUAUCAGAUCUCCCCGCACUCCGUCUUUCUAGUGAAUGUAAGUUGAGAUGUUUCAGCCUAUCUUGAUAUGGGAGGUUCCUCAGUCUCUGAGGGAGUGGGUGGUUGGUUGGGGGCGGGGAGUGAAUGGAGGGGAUAUUUUAAAGUCCCCGCGAGUCAUUCAAUGGAGGGAACCUAGAAUGGAUAAUAGGACCUGUGUUUUGGAAUAUAUAUACACAAAACACUGAAGGACUGGAAGGCCCCUUAGAAGACCAAUGGGACGCAAGCUACGAGGGGGGCCACACUGCCAGACAUAAGACUGGGCGAGACUAAUGUGCUCGAGGCGCGGCGAUGAUGCAGCUAAAAAGUCUUCUUGCCACGAACACACUGAGCUGACAGAGGACUAGUACGAUAUUAUGGCAGCCUGCCACACGCUGGCUGCCUGACUCCUGCACGCUGGCCUGCCGCCACAGCUGCUGCAGGAACACCCAACACCACACUAGAUCGGCGCAGUGAGUCGGUGAAGGUGGUUCACGGUGGACUGGCAAGUGACACGCUGCAGUGGCGAGAUGCAGUGGUUCUUGCAGUGCGCGUGGAGGGCAGCGCAGCUCCUCAUCUGCAUGGCCUUUCUGGCGGGCCUGUACAUCAAGUUCAACGUGGACACAUCAUCAUUCUCCAAAACACAUGACGUCAUCUGGCUCAAAAGUCAAAUAAUACGAGAGACGAACCACCACCAAAAAGCGCCGGCCCUUGCCCCUGUGGCGGUGGUGACCUGGAGCCACAACACCACCGGCGGCUGUAUCGGUCUGGCCUGCGCGCCUCCUCCAUUCUCAGCGAACGGCUUGACGGACGCCAGCGCUAUUUCCUCCCGGUUCAGGGCGCCGGCCCCUGCCCCUGUGGCGGCGGUGGUGACCUCGGACCACAACACUACCGGCGGCUGUAUAGGCCUGGCCUGCGCGCCUCCUGCAUCCCUCGCCGCAACGAAGGGUGACGGCUUGACAGACGCCAACAUCGCCUCUCGGUUCAGGGCUCGGGUGGACCGGGUGCGGGAAGCGUGCGAGGCGUACCGUGGACCUGAGAUCAGCCCUGAGAUACAGUUUCGAUUCCUCUACUUUUCUGAGAAGUAUAACCUGAUGGUUUGCGCCACGCCCAAGGUUGGUACGACGACUUGGAUCUCGUACAUGCUCCUGAUGCGUGGCGUGCAGCCCACCGACGCGAACCUGCACGUUGGGCGAAUAUUUAGAUUGGUGCGCGCCAGGAGCGUGCUGGGGAAGGAGGGCACCGAACAACGCCUGGCCAGCGCCACCACCAUCAUGGCCGUGAGGCAUCCCCUGGAGCGCCUCGUCUCCGCCUUCAGGGACAAGUAUCUUAGCGGAGGGCCGCUGUACGAGUCUCUGAGCAGGGGUAAAUUCUGGGUGUUUUGGAGGCCUGCCUUGAUAAUGCUGCAGAGGAACCCGAAUGAGCCACAAAACAUCACCUUCGUGGAGUUCGUUCAGUUCGUAAAACAGCAAAGCGGAAACGCCCACUGGAGGCCGCUUCACCUGACGUGUCGACCGUGCAGCUUCCACUACGAGUAUGUGGUGCGCCUGGAGACCUUCCCCGAGGACUUGGACUUCCUGCAUCGCACGCUGCCUAACCCUGUGCUGGGCCGCCUCUUGCACCACCACGCCACGGCAAACGAGACGGCGAGCUCACCACUCAGCGAAGAGACGGUGACGACAAGCCUGCACAGCCCCACCCUGGACUACUACCGCCAACUGCCGCCCGACCUGCUCAGCUUUGUCCUCGACUUCUACAGCUUCGACAUGCAGCUCUUCGGCUACCGCGUCCCCGAGGAGCUGGCGCGUCGAGCUGCCCAAGUGAAGCACAGCGAGGAGGAACGUCCGCCGAUACAAGGUCGACGUGCAAACUAACUAAAGUGUUCUCAUUGUUUUUGUCUGUUUCUUAGG